AUGGCUGGAAUUUUGGUGAUUUUCGACUUCGACAAGACAAUUAUCGACGUGGACAGUGAUAAUUGGGUGGUGGAUGAGUUAGGGUUAACUAAUAUGUUCAAUCAACUUCUUCCCAUUAUGCGUUGGAACUCUUUAAUGGAUAGGAUGAUGAAGGAGUUUCAUGCACAAGGCAAAACAAUUAAACACAUUGAAGAAGUACUAAAAAGGGUUCCCAUACAUUCCAGAAUUGUCCCAUGCAUUAAAUCAGCUCAUGCAUUAGGGUGUGAUUUGAGAAUAGUAAGUGAUGCAAAUGUAUUCUUCAUUGAAACAAUCUUGAAACAUCUCGGAAUAAGGGACUGCUUCUCAGAAAUCAACACGAAUCCAUGCUACGUCGAUGAGGAAGAUAACAGGGUUCGAAUCUUCCCUUACGAUGAUUUUCAUGGCUGCAAUAAUCCGUGCCCUCCCAACAUGUGCAAAGGUUUGAUAUUAGAAAGAAUAAUGCAAGCCGAAGGCAAUAAUAAAAGAAUGAUCUAUAUUGGUGAUGGAAGUGGCGAUUUCUGCCCUAGUUUGAAGCUCAGAGAAGGAGAUUUCGUCAUGCCAAGAAAAGAUUUCCCAGCCUGGAAUUUGAUAAAAGAAAAUACGACGCUAGUAAAAGCACCGGUCCACGAGUGGACUGAUGGAGAAGAGCUUGAGAGAAUACUGCUACAACUGAUUAACGGAAUCACUGUUGAAGAAAGCCAAUAAUUAUCAGUUGAAUGCAAGUUCCACACUAUGUCCAAAGCAUCUCACACCUUUGACCGAGCCUAUCAACAUAUACUACGAGUGGAUUGAUGAAUGUGAACGUGCAUAUCAAUAACAGACACGUUCUAGAGCAAGUUUAACAACGAACCUCGUAUUAUGAAAGACGGGACGGCCAUAUUAUAGUAUAUAAUUUUGUUC